AAUUAUCUCCUUUCGAUCAUAAACAAUGAUGCUUCUAUCAAAUGUUUGACUUUCAGAAGCUGGGCAUUCAAAGUUGUGAAAAGCUUCAAGCACUGCCUGAACAAAAAGGAAAGAUGCUUCUCAAUGGAUUGUAUACUGAUGGCUACACAUGCAGAGUUCUAUUUGCUAGAAAAGUGCUUCCAUCAUCACCAUAAGACAAUAUCUGUCUAGAGUUGAACGAUUUUACAAGCGAAGAGAUGGACAAGCAUUUCCGUCCAUGUACUGUAGACCCAGGAAGACGGGAUCCUUUUGUUUCUUAUCACAGUGGCACUAAAAUACGACGCUUGUCCUCAAUCGAAUAUUACAAUAUGGGUGGAAGUGUAAGACGAAUGAAAGAACAACAGAAGCGUAAACAGAAACAAGGUAUUGAAAAGAUUGAAACAGACAUUCCUUCGCCUAAAACUGCGUCUGUGGAACAAUUUGUUUUGUACAUAACUUACAUGCUGCAGCACAUGAAUACUUUGCUUAAUUUCUACAGCUUUGAAACUUCUAAGAUUAAAUGGUUGAACUACCUCAGUUCCCAAAAAGCCAUCCAAGAAAGUGUCAACAUCUUAAUAAAUGGUGUAAAGAAGUAUAAUAAAAGUAGGAGAAAGAAGACAAAGGAAAACAGAAAAAGAAGGAGGAAAAUUCGCAAGCCUCGUACUGCUCAAGAAGAAAGAGCACUCACCACCAUCCCAAAAUCAAAAAGCAGAAACAACAAAGCCUGUUUUGAAAAGGGAAACAGCAGCAAGAUGCCUCAGGUGGUCUUUGGUGACGGACUAAAAAAAAAACAAGAUUCAUAUCAAGUUCAAAGGUCUCCAUCAUGGCAUAUCUAACAAAAUAUAUCAACAAUUAAAAACAAGGCAAAGGCUUGGAGAACUCUUGCUACUAGACAUCAACGAAUUUAAUACAUCAAAGAUCUGCAAUUCUUGCUUUAAAAAUGAUAUAGAAAAUUUGAAGUGUAGGGAAGAUGACCAUGAUAAAAAAAUCCAUCAAGUAUUGAAGUGUAAAACUUGCAAUAUCUUUUGGAAUCGAGAUGUAAUGGCCAGUAAAAAAUAUGUU